UUGAUUUGUACACCUUUGUUCUAAUCUCAAACAAAAUCUGAAUCAAAUUAUCAAAAUCACAAAUCUCGCAAAACGUUCAUGUUACUAAACAAAACUUGUUUCGCAUAUGUGCCACAAAAAGACGUAUUAAGAAACACACCAACUGCUUCAUCGUGGAUUCACCACUGUCUGUUGGCUAACAGAAUUCAGAGAAUUGUUAUUUUCGCCAUUUCGAACCAGUUUCAUAUCUCUGCUCAUCGGUGAAGCCUCUAGUCCCCGCCCUCAAUCAGGAAGUGAAGAAAUGGUUGCAAUGUGGCUUUGCGCGUGGGUGCUCGUUAGUUUCAAAUUUUGGAUUAUCUUGGCAUUACCGGCCCAAAAGUAUUCGCCUGGAAUUCCAAUAAAGCCAACAGUGAAUCAGACUCCAGGAGAAAUCAGUGGAAUUAUAAGCGAAAGCUCAUCUGGCAGUGCUGUAGUUUCGAGUCAAACAUACACAGAGGCAGAACCAACUUUUCCCCCACCAAUAGCUGAUGGCACUCCAAUUGUGAUACAGUCCCAAGCGUCUCGGCCUUCGGCUACAACUCAGCAUGUACCCAAACGACAACAAGUCAUCCUGGACUCGGAUUCUUCUUAUUACCCUUCCCCCCAAUACGUUGGCCAAUCUCCGGUGGCCUAUGUAUAUCCCGAUGGGACUUACGCUUCAAAACCGUCAUCUCCGGUGCAAUCGGUCACACGAUUCGGCAAUGACUACCAUAGCUCGCCCGCUAGCAACUACGUUAUUUCCGGUCCUCCAGGCGAAUAUUACCCCCGCCCCAGUGGUCCAACUAGUUAUCUCUCCAGUUCAAUUAAUCGCCAUACAGUUAGUCAAGCUUUGGGAGCACUAGGGGCACUUGGAACCACGGGUAUUUUGGGAGCCGGUGCAUUAGGGGCAGGAGCGUUGUUAUUAGGAUAAUGGGAAAUAUGGCACGUAUUUUCUUGAAGAGGAGGAGUUCGUCACUGUAGCGCGUUGAAGUCUUCUAACAAACCCGGUACUGUGCUUCUAUCGUUGCUCUGUAUGCAGCCUAUUUUAGUUUUCUAAUAUUU